CUCCCUCUCACACAAAACCACGGCUGUAUCCAUCACGAUUCCUUGCCUACGCCUCCUCAUGGCGGCCGCCACCGGCACCAAGCAGCAGCAGCAGCAUCCGCACCCAGCUCCACCACCGGGGGCAACGGUGGUGGACCCCAAGUUCGAGUGGACGGAGAGGGCCGGCACCUACGUACUCCGCCUCACCCUCACCGGCUUCAGGAAGGACGACUUCCGGGUGCAGGUCGACGGCGCGGGCAGGCUCACCAUCCGCGGCACCAGGCCGGGCGCCUCCCUCCACAAGGUCUUCCAGCUGCCCUCCUCCGCCAGCCUCGACGACAUCGCCGGCCGCUUCGAGGCCGGUGUGCUCACGCUCACCAUGCCCAAGCGUGCCGGUGCGCCCAAGGACGAGGGUGCGCCAACAGAGCAGGUCGACGGCGACGUGAAGACGGGAGACGCCGGCGGUGAGAAGAAGGUGCCCAAGCCCGCACCUUCCGGUGAUGCGGCGCCCACAUCCAUCGAGGAGAUCAGAACGAAGCCCAGGGAAGAGCAGCAGAAGGCUCCCCAGGCGGCAGCAGCUGCGCAGACGCCGGAGAAGCAGGCACCGAAUCCAACCUCCAGCGGCAAAGCCAUGGCGGUGGUUGACCGGGAGCGCCUGGCGGAGACGGUGAGGCGACGCGGCGAGGAAGAGAGGGCCAAGGCUGCUGCGGUGGCGGCGGCCAUGGAAGAAGCUAGAGCAGAGCAGGAGAAGACGGCGGCGGCCACGGCGUGCAGCCGCUGGAAAGAGCGCAUGACGGAAGGCCUGGGGCAGCUGACGGACAUGAAGUGGGCGGAGGGCGCAAUGGAGAUGGCGAGGAAGAACAAGGAGGUGGUGGCCGUUGGCGUCGCCGCCUUCACAUUCGGCUUCUUCGUCUCCCAGAGGCUCUUCAAGAAGUGAGUAGCUAUGGAGAAUGACUAUGUCACAUACACCAACAGUGGGUAAGAGUAUCUCUAGCAGAUCCCACAACCGGCCGUCCCGAAAAAAUCGUUUAUGGUAUCCUGUAAACGUUUUUUCGGGACACCGGACACGUAGCAAGAACAAAUUCUGCAUAUUCAUACUGCAAAUUUAAACAUACUAAGAACAUCUCGCCAGAGUUCAUCACAAGCAUAUACGACUAUAGCAUAGGGAGUUCAUCAUACGCAUAGUAUAGGGGAGCUUUUUAAUACAUACCGAACUUAAUUAAACAU